AUGAGCGUCCAACUGUGUGAAACACAUGCUUUGCCAUCGAAAAAUAGCCGAGAGACGCCGUUCAGCAACAGCAAUCAAGUCGCCUUUGCUGGAAUGGAAACCAUCUUUGAAACUAUGAAAUUUGCCGACAUCACCUUGUACGUCCGUAACUGGCAAUUUAGAGCUCACAAAAUCAUUUUGGCCACGAGGAGUCCUUUUUUCGCUGCCAUGUUCCAACACCAAACUGAAGACAUUUUGUUGGAACGCGUCCAAAUUGAGGACGUCGAGCCGGACGUGUUUGAAGAAAUCCUCCACUUUAUCUACACUGGCUGUCUGGCGAAAGCGGAGAUGAAGCCUACAAUGCCCUUUGAAAUCCUCAAAGUGGCGGGAAAGUAUCUGAUCGACCAAUUGAAAAUGGAAUGCGAGACUCAAUUGAUUCACCGGAUCACGGCAGACAAUUGCGUGCAAUUAAUGUGCUUCACCGAAGAAGACGAUCCGGCGUUUUAUUUGAAGAAGCAUGCCAUCCAAUUCUUCCGUAAUUUCCCCAACGAAGUGAUGGCGACGGAAGCUUGGGAAACUGUCGAACGCGAUCAUCCAAUGCUGGGUCUGACUACGCUAAAGAAACUGCUCAUCGGAACUCGUUAG